AUGCGUAUUUCUACCUCUGCCGUCACUCUCGCUUGCAGCGACGGAGCUCAGGUGCUGUCUGAGGCCCUCAAGACCAACUCGACUCUGACCACUUUGGACUUGAGGAGCACCUCGGUCGGAGACAACGGAGCUCUGGGGCUGUCUGAGGCACUCAAGACCAACUCGACUCUGACCACUUUGGACUUGUCUCGCAACUCGAUCGGACCGGAUGGAGCUCAGGCGCUGUCUGAGGGACUCAAGACCAACUCGACUCUGACCACUUGGGACUUGAGUAAUAACUCGACUGGACCGGAUGGAGCUCAGGCGCUGUCUGAGGCACUCAAGAUCAACUCGACUCUGACCACUUUGGACUUGUCCUAUAACAAGAUCGGAGACAACGGAGCUCAGGCACUGUCUGAGGCACUCAAGACCAACUCGACUCUGACCACUUUAGACUUGUGGAGCAACUCAGUCAGUUACAACCAAGCUCGGGUGCUGUCUAACGCAAUCUACAAAAACUCCACGGUGCAAUGA